GGUGAUGCAGCAGGUUACCAUGGCAACAUCUGUUCCCGGCAUGCACCAGCAGCACAACGCCCCCCUCAGAGAGAGGCAGUAGGUGGAAGUGCAGCAGGGUGGAGCAGCAGACAGACGGAGAGCAGCAAGGAGGAGUAAUGAUGGAUGGAUACUCCGCCCCCCUUGGAGGUAGCCCCGUCCCUGAAGAGCAGAGCAUGAUGGGAGACCUCGACUCUUUAAGCGAUGCUGAGGAGGAGGUGAAGAAGAAGCGAGGAGAUGGGGAGAGACCAGUGAUGAAGAAUGAGGGGGAGGUGGAGGAGGAGAGACCAAUGUUGAAGAAUGAGGAGGAGAUUGAGGAGGAGAGACCAAUGAUGAUGAAUGAGGAGGAGAUUGAGGAGGAGAGACCAAUGAUGAAGAAUGAGGAGGAGAUUGAGGAGGAGAGACCAAUCAUGAAGAAUGAGGAGGAGAUUGAGGAGGAGAGACCAAUGAUGAAGAACGAGGAGGAGGUGGAGGAGGAGAGACCAAUGAUGAAGAACGAGGAAGAGCAAAGAGGAGAUGAAGAGACUCGCUGCUCUUCCCCAGUAGCUCCCGAUGAACAAGAGAAAGAGGAGGUGAAGGAGCAGCUCGAAGGAGGAGCGGAAGACAAGAAGUUGGAGAAGAAACCUGAGACUUGCUGCUCCUCCGUCACACCUCCUCCUUCACAGCAGCGAGAGGAGGGGGAGGUCAGAGGAGACGAGCGGGAAGAGGAGGAGAAAGAAAGGAUGAAUGAGGAUGUGGUGAAAAAUGAGGAGCAGCUUGAAGGAGGCAAAGAAGAGAAAGAGAGCUCCUCCAUCACACCUCCUCAGGAGGAUCGGGAGGAGAAAACAAACACACUGAUGCAACAAACACCUUCUAUCCCUCCAUCAUCUGUGGACCAGAAGGUUCUAGAUGAUCAAACAAACGCUCCUCCCUCCAGAACCAAAGCUCCACCCACCUCCUCCUCUCCAACACUGGCUGCUCCUCAAAAAAAACAGGCUUCCCAAGUGAGGAAAUCAAACGCUCCUCACAAAGCUGUGAAGGAACCUGAAGAGACUGUGAAGACCUCCAGGACAGCAGGAGGCGCCCGAGCAGCGAAGAUGAUCUCAGCCAAGAGUACAGAGUCAGUCGAUGGAGUCAGUAGUCCAGGAAGUCGUUCUCCUGCCAGUCGAUCUUCAACCCCAAACAGAGACAUCAAAAAGGUGGCGGUAGUCCGGACCCCCCCCAGGUCUCCAGGUGCUACUCGGGGACGGACACCCCCCCUCCCCUCCCACCCAAUGCCAGACCUCAGCAAUGUGAGGUCCAAGAUCAGAUCCACUGAGAACCUCAAACACACACCAGGAGGGGGCAAGGUUCAGAUUGUUCAUAAAAAGUUAGAUCUCAGUAACGUGACAUCAAAGUGCGGCUCCAAAGACAACAUCCACCACAAACCAGGUGGAGGCAAACUGGAGAUCAAAUCAGAGAAGGUGGAUUUAAAAGCUGUUCAGUCUAAAGUGGGUUCUCUGGAGAACAUCACUCAUGUGCCAGGAGGAGGGAAGAAGAAGAUUGAGAGUCACAAGCUGAGUUUCAAAGAAAAUGCCAAAGCUCGGACAGACCACGGUGCUGACAUUGUCGUCCAGCCUGAUUCCUCCCCUGCUCGCCUUAGCAACACUUCCUCUCCCGGAAGCCUUAAUGCUGCUGAAGCUCCACCCCUCAACACGCUGGCUGACGAGGUGUCUGCAUCCCUUGCCAAGCAGGGCCUGUGAUUGGGCAACCCUGUGCAUAAAGACCCCGCCCCUCGUGUUACCAAGGAAACAGCCUGAUGGAAGAACAAAAAAAUGAUUCUGCCUUUUUCCUCAUGACCUUCAUGUGAUGUCACGCAAACAGGACGGGAGAGAUUUUAUGAAGUUAAAAUUUCUGAACACAUCUCACCCAGAUUAGCAUUAGAUGAACUAUCAGAUUAGCAUUAGAUGAACUUUGAGAAGCGAUUGUCAAUUACAGUAGGCAGGUGAAUAUCAAUUUAGUCUUCAUCCGUCCAGUACAGAUAGAGGUGUGGUUAGCCAAGCUUAGCUCAAAGACUGGGGAUGUGAAACUAACUAAGAAUGUGCUAACUUACUUCUAAUACAGCAUGGCUAACAGGUUUCCCCAGUUUUUCUCUUUUGUUGAGACUUUGUGCUAAGCUAACAGUAUCCCGUGCUUUUAGUUUUAGUAUUUAACUAGAUUUAACUGCACAUCAGACAGAGGUAAAAUCUGUGAACGUUUUAGGGGCUUCGGUUUGAGUCCAGGACUACUCGAGGAGGUGUUUGAGUCCUUGAAGAAGCUUGCAGAAUUAAAAUAAAAAUAAAAUAAAUAAAAACUCAAAUUUCAAUGUUAAGAUCACCUGAUGCAACCUAACAUUACAGAACUACAAAUAUGGCCGCUGACAUGAGGCACGUUCUCUCAUGGGGCAUGUGCAUCUUACAAUUGAGCUAUAUGUCAUAAAGGCUGACGAGACCAGGAAAUUUGGACCAGCGUCCACUGUUUGAAAGCUGCCGUGUGAUUGUGUUUGCGAUGCAUCGAUGAUUGUAGAAACAAAACGUGGCCACCGCUUCAAUUCAUGCUGAUAACUGGAUUACCACAUUAGCUUCUUUGCUUUCCUCAUAAAAUCCCUCCUAUCAGUCCCCCUCUUUGUCAUGUUACCAUUCUCAGCCAAGCAUCUGUUCUGUGUUCCUGAAUGCUGACUUACUGUAGGCCCCGUGAUAACCCCCUCUCAUUAAAAAUAACCAGAAUGCAGUUUGAUACCAGGUGCCAAACCGUACUCUCUGCUUGUUGGCUGUUCUUUGUACCAAUAAAGUUUCACUUGAAUCUAAA